UCAAGAACGUUUAAAAAAGAUCAUGUCUGAAAACAAAUGCAAUCUCUUACCAUAAUACUUUAAUUAUAUUUAAUAGAGAAUAGAUCUGAUCUAUCUAGAGUUCUAGAUCAACAUAUGCGACCUGCAUAAUAAAUCUAAAUAAUUUUUUUAGCGCUGUAGCCCAGUUGGAUUGAAAGAAUUUCAACGUGUGAACGACAUAUUAAAAUGCCAAGUCAUAGAGAUGGAGUUGUAGAAACUGAAAUUUUAACAAAUUUUAACAAGCUAAUGGAUGAAAACCCUGAUAUGUCUCCAGCUGUUGCAGCUGUCACCACUUUAGUUAACCUCAUGAAAAAAAGCAAUGCUGGAACAAUGUCUGAACUGAGGGACACAAUCCACAAGGCUGAAGAGGUUAUGCUGACAACAGACUACAGUUAUACCUCCAUUCAUUCUGGCUGUGACCAGUUCUUACGCUAUAUCACACUUGCAAACACUCUAGAUACAAACUUUCAAAAAAUCAUGUUGCAAAGAGGUCAAAGUUUUAUGGACAAGAUGAUCAAAGCAAGGGAGUCUAUAGCCAAGUUAGCUGCUGGUUUUAUUGAUGAUGGGGCAACAAUUUUAACUCAUGGUCAUUCUCGGGUGGUAUUGGAGGUCAUGAAGACUGCAGCUAAUCAGAAGAAAAGGUUCACUGUCUAUGUCACAGAAUCAAGCCCUGAUAAAAGCGGAUAUCAAAUGGAGAAGGAGCUGACAAAACUUGGAAUCCCUACAGUAGUCAUACUGGAUUUUGGUAUUGGGUAUAUAAUGGAGAAAGUACAACUGGUUAUGGUUGGAGCAGAAGGAGUCAUGGAGAGUGGGGGCAUCAUCAAUAAAAUUGGCACAUACCCUAUUGCCAUUUGUGCAAAACAAAUGAACAAGCCUUUUUAUGUGGUAACAGAGAGCUUCAAGUUUGUUCGUGAAUAUCCUCUAAACCAGAUGGAUGUCCCAGACAGAUUUAAGUAUCGUGCAUCAAAGUUAAAAUCUUCCAAAGAUUUAAGUAAAGAACAUCCUAUUGUUGACUACACACCUCCAGAGUACAUUGACUUGUUGUUUACAGAUCUUGGUGUGUUGACCUCAUCAGCUGUCAGUGAUGAACUCAUCAACAUGUAUUGUUAAAAUAAUAAUAAUAAUAAUAAUUUUAUUUAUAAAGCGCUUUUAACAAACAAAAUGUAGGCUCAAGGCGCUGUAAUGUUGGCAUUGUCUGGUUCAGUUAGGGACUCUGAUGUUGUGCUUGAGGAAAAUGUUUUAUCAUGAUAUGCAAUAGAUAAGUGUGAACAGAA